AUGGGCGCGUCCGUGAGCUAUCCCGAGUGGCGGGCGCUGGCGCGGCAGCUGGACCAUCUUGAUGACAACCGGCUCGGGGGCCGGUGCUUCAUCCAAGAGGGCAAGCUGUACGACCGGAAGCUGCUGCUGCAGAAGCUGUCGCACCUCAAGUCGGUGCGCGCGGGCGGCAACAUUCGAGAGAUGAUGUUCAGCCUCAGGGCAGACCUCGUGCGCAACGUCGCCAACAUAUCCAAGAGCCAAUUCCACGAGCACUCGUACACGGUGCCCUCCGCCAUCCGCGAGUGGACACAGGAGGUCAAGACGCAGCUGUCCACGCUGGCGGACUGGCCUGAGGCGGGGAUCAGCAAUGAGGAGAAGCUCACGUUCUUCAGGUUAGUGGGGGAGGGCGGGAUAGGGGAGGAGAUCGGGGUGGCGGCGCCGGGGCG